CGCCCCCCCCCCCCCGUGAAACCGACGGAGCCUGGACUUUCAGGAGGUACAGCGGCGGCUUGAAGGGGACCUGGGCGCUUGCUGAGGGGACUUGCAUCGAAACUUGGGCAGUCCUCCGAGCCGGAGGCUGAGCUCCCUUGAGCAGCGCACUUUGGGGACGUGUCCGGUCCACUCCGGACUCACAUCUCAUCCCACUCAGCCAUAGCAUUGGCUUCCCGGCGACCUCAGCGUGGUCACAGGGGCCCCCCUGUGCCCAGGGAAAUGUUUCAAGCUUUCCCCGGAGACUACGACUCCGGCUCCCGGUGUAGCUCAUCACCCUCCGCCGAGUCUCAGUACCUGUCUUCGGUGGACUCCUUCGGCAGUCCACCCGCCGCCGCCGCCUCCCAGGAGUGCGCCGGUCUCGGGGAAAUGCCCGGCUCCUUCGUGCCAACGGUCACCGCAAUUACAACCAGCCAGGACCUCCAGUGGCUUGUGCAACCCACCCUCAUCUCUUCCAUGGCCCAGUCCCAGGGGCAGCCACUGGCCUCCCAACCUCCGGUUGUUGACCCUUAUGACAUGCCAGGAACCAGCUACUCAACCCCGGGCCUCAGUGCCUACAGCGCUGCUGGAGCAAGCGGAAGUGCUGGGCCUUCAACCAGCGCUGCCACCAGUGGACCCGGGCCUGCCCGCCCAUCCAGAGCCAGGCCUAGAAGACCCCGAGAAGAGACACUUACACCAGAAGAAGAAGAGAAGCGAAGGGUCCGCCGAGAGCGCAACAAGUUGGCUGCGGCCAAGUGCAGAAACCGUCGGAGGGAGCUGACAGAUCGACUCCAGGCGGAAACGGAUCAGCUGGAAGAGGAAAAAGCCGAGCUGGAGUCGGAGAUCGCCGAGCUGCAAAAAGAGAAGGAACGCCUGGAGUUUGUCCUGGUGGCCCACAAACCGGGCUGCAAGAUCCCCUACGAAGAGGGGCCGGGGCCAGGCCCGCUGGCCGAGGUGAGAGAUUUGCCAGGGUCAACAUCCGCUAAGGAAGACGGCUUCGGCUGGCUGCUGCCGCCCCCUCCACCACCGCCCCUGCCCUUCCAGACCAGCCGAGACGCACCCCCCAACCUGACGGCUUCUCUCUUUACACACAGUGAAGUUCAAGUCCUCGGCGACCCCUUCCCCGUUGUUAGCCCUUCGUACACUUCCUCGUUUGUCCUCACCUGCCCGGAGGUCUCCGCGUUCGCCGGCGCCCAACGCACCAGCGGCAGCGAGCAGCCGUCCGACCCCCUGAACUCGCCCUCCCUUCUUGCUCUGUGAACUCUUUAGACAAAACAAAAACAAACAAACAAACAAACCCGCAAGGAACAAGAAGGAGGAGGAAGAGGAGGAGAGGGAAAGAAGCAGUCGGUCGGGGGUGUGUGUGUGUGUCCCCGUGUGGACCCCUUGACUCUUCUGUCUGACCCGACUGCCGCCUCCGCAUCGGACAGGACGGACGGAAGGACCUCCUUUGCGUUUUGUGCUCCAUCUCUGGUUUCU